UGUUAUUCAUAAAUUUUCUUGCCAUCUGCAGAUAUUGAACAAUUGCUGCUAGAAGCUCAGCAUAGGUGGUUGCGGCCUGCUGAAAUUUGUGAAAUUCUUCGUAAUUAUCAAAAGUUUCAUAUUGCAUCAGAGCCUCCAACUAGACCAUCGAGUGGUUCGUUGUUCCUUUUUGAUCGUAAGGUGUUGAGAUACUUCAGGAAGGAUGGCCACAAUUGGAGAAAGAAAAAGGACGGAAAGACCGUGAAAGAAGCGCAUGAGAAGUUGAAGGUUGGCAGUGUUGAUGUAUUGCAUUGCUAUUAUGCACAUGGUGAAGAGAAUGAAAGCUUUCAAAGGCGUAGCUACUGGAUGCUUGAACCGGAUUUGAUGCACAUUGUUUUCGUUCACUACUUGGAAGUGAAGGGCAGUAGAACCAAUAUUGGAGGCAUUAAAGAAACUAAAGAAGUUCUAUCAAACUUCCAAGACGGCAGUUCUUCAAGAAAUACGGAUUCAACAAGCCCAACCAGCACUUUGACGUCAUUGUGUGAAGAUGCUGAUUCUGGAGAUAGUCAUCAAACAAGUUCUGGCUCGCAUAUAUUACCUGAAUCACCACAUGUGGGGUGUGCUCAAAUUACAGAAAAAAGGGAUUUUGAUCUCUUGAAUUCUUAUUUAAUGCAGUCCUCUGGCAAGCAAGAGAGUUGGACAACAGUUCCUAGCAUAUCAAAUAUCCAUGGGAAUAGUCCUGUUGAAAGUGUCUCUCAGAGUGCA